CAGGCCACAGCAGACUUUGCAUCUAUCACAGCUCUACAGCAUCUCUUCUGCGCCAGCCAGCGGCCACUUCUUUCCCCCUCGCAUUCCACUCUAACUCCGCGAGAGCCCAAUCGCUUAUUACCGAGGAACGGGCACUGCAUUGAACCUCGGGCCUUUUCUUGCCACCGCCUGGUUACAGCCUGCAGGGCGUGUCCUUUUCUGCGAGGGGGCAGACAGAAACCUCCAAAACACGAGGUUUCAAAGAUCUAUUCUUCGCUCCACAACAAUCAUCCUUUGUCUUUUGCAUGACUUUGGCGAAGAACGACCUCACGACGCCCGACCGUCUUUUCACGCCUGUUCAUACCCCGACACCCUUCGACAUACCAAUAGCCAGAGCUCGGGACAAUGUUGUUCACAGCACAUAGCAGGCAAAGCUACCUGCUACUAGGGUCUCUUAUGUGGCUGAAUCAUCCCUGGCCAGCAGGCGCUCAGUCGACCACAGCGGCGGUCGCGAAUGCUUCUACUACCACCACAACCUAUUCUGGGACACCCUAUCUUGUAAUCCAUGAUGUAGCAGAUAUGGUUGCUUGUGGGACAGGCCAGAUCUACUGGAAUGUCUACAAUGAAGACGCCUCGAGAUACAACAUCACAGUGUACGCUGUGAAUGAGGGCGUGGACCAGACCAUCGAAUCGCCUAGUACAACAGUGGUAUCCAGCACCUCAGCGACAUCUCCAUCGUCUUCUGCUGUCGCCCAAAACUCCUCGGCAGCUGCUACCACAUCCAACAUUGCCCGCUCCCUUUCCGACCCCGUCAAACGCACCACACUAUCUAUAAACACCACCAUCAUCACCCAAUACGCCAACCACGGUUACCGCUGGACACCUGUCCGCCUGCCCGAAGGCAACUACAGAAUCUACGGCCAUGUCUAUGACGGCUAUGGGACGUCUAAUACGAGCAACGUCUUCACCGUGCGAGAGAGCACAAACACGAGCUGCCUGACUGCUUUCGCGGCCAUGAGCAAAACGGCUACCGCAACGCUCAGUAGCGGAAAGGUGACCGGAAGCGCAGAGUCUGUGGCUGCUACAGCUUCUUCGGGAGCGGCGGCCGGGGGUACGGAGGAUGAUACUGGGUCGAAAGGGCUGAGCGGGGGUGCUAUCGCGGGUAUCGUCAUUGGUGUUGUUGCAGGACUUGCCUUCCUCGCGGGAUUGCUCUUCUGCUUGAGGCGUAGGAGACAGCAGGCGAGGCGUGGUGCUCGUGGGAGCGACGGUCAUCCGAUGGGCAUGACCCACCGCCGCAUGGUGUCUGCCUCCACAGCGCCAUCUGACCCUGGCCACUCGCCCCUUCCUACUAUGUCUGGACCGGGCGCUAGAGGUGGUCCGAUUCCACUGGGCGCUACAGCUCAUGACAAGAGCUUCACCUCCAGUAUCGACAAGGACAGCGAGGAGAGCUUCGGCCAGGCAACGGCGGAGAGUGUUGCGCCCAUCGUGCUUGCCGGUGGGAGGCAGGAACAAGAAGAGGAAGAGAUGCUUCGAGACGAUCCCUUCCGAUCGCCGGCUCUUCCACCUUCUCAGAACCCCUCAACUGUGUACCCUCAGCCGACGUCUACCUAUAACCCCACUCGUCGUUAUUCCAACCCCGCCGGUGCACUCCCAGCCGAUCAUCCCACUCGCACCUCGCGCACCGACUCUCAACCCUCCUCACCUCAGCGUCUCCCACGUCGCUCUCCUUCCGGCUCCGGCUCCGUCAACUCUUCUCCUAAUCCCGGGGAGAGCCCGAGGGUCGGAGCGCUGGGCAGGACGCCAUCGUCGAGGAGAAAACCAGUACCUAGUCUCGGUCCAGAGCUGAGAGGCGAGUUGGCGAAGAAGGCGGACAUCAAAAGUCAGGAGGAGGGGAAAAGGGCUAUGGCGGAUGUGGGACUUGGCAUGGGAAACGUGGGGCAGGGAAAUGAGGCACAAUCGCGCAGGAGGAGUUAUCAGUUGAUGCCUGAUCCUCCCCUGGCCCCGCCUCAGGAGUAAUUUUCUUAUUUUUGAGAAUAUUCUGGGGGCCAUCUAAAGGUUCUGCCAUCUUGACUUCGGUCUGGCUAAACUGACUUGAAAGAACUUUUGUGUAUAUUGUUUUCCUGAGGGACUGUAUCUAUAGUGGGCUGUCAAUGCUAUCUUGUAAAUGUGUGCGAGUUAUGCAACAGAGUAGCGAGCUUCUUUACAU